AUGGAUUUUCUGGUCGGCACAUUCUAUACACCCAAACUCUUCACUGUCCGCUUCACACCAAGCAAAGACGAUUCGAAAUGUAAGCUGGAAAUCACACAUACUUCCGAUGCCAUCGGCGGACACUCCUGGCUCUCUCUAUCUUUCGACAAAAAGUUCCUCUACACCACCGUAUGGGCAUCUCCUCCCGCUAUUGCCGCAUACCGCAUUGAACCCAACCACGCACUCACACACUUGAACUCAAAGCCCGUACGAGCAAUGAGUGGCUACGUAUGCUGCUCAAACACAACACUAUACUCCGCCGGCGGACCCACUGGCGAAGUCUUCUCUUUGAACCCAGACGAUGGCAGCAUUGGGCCCCUCCUCCAGAAUUUAGAAUUCCGAGAUCAAGGCAAUCAAAAUGAUGGAGCUCGAAAUGGAGUCGCGCAUGGAGACUUCGGGGGCUUGAGACAUGGCGCUCACAGUGUAGAUCUCUCGCCCGACGCAAAGUCUCUCUACAUUGCUGAUAUAGGCCACAACUGUAUUUGGAAUUACAGCGUCUGUCCAGACCAAGGAAAACUAAACCAACGACAGAAAUGGAUCGCAAGCAGACAGAACGAUGGCCCCAGACACACCUGGCCACAUCCCAAUGGAAAAAUUCUCUACUCGGUUCAAGAACACAGUUGUCAUGUGGAUACACUAUCAAUCUCAAAACAAGCAACUCUGGAGCUCAUCUCCGGGAAAAGAAUCAUCCCUGAAGAUAAAGACGAAAAGGAUUACUGGGCUGAUGAGGUACGGUUGAGUAGACCCAUCUCGGGGCAUCCGAAAUAUCUGUACGCGUCGACGCGAGGGCUGGAAAAAGAGACGAAAGGCUAUGUUGCAGUGUUCGGAUUGGAUGAGGAUGGGUUGGUGCGAGGAGAGGCGAUUGACAUGUUUGAGACUGUGACGAGUGGUGGUAUUGCUAAUGCUAUUGAGCCUGCACCAAUGGUUGAGGGACAAGAGGGAGUGGAGUACAUGGCUAUGACGGACAGUCAGGAGGGUUAUGUGUUCAUAUUGGCCUUUGACGGCAAGAAGAUUACCGAGGUUGCGAGGACACAAUUGUUGGGUGAAGACGGAAUGACUCUAGCCGCUGCUACAGCAGUAUGGUUAUGA